AUGAGAAUCGAAGAAAUUGUUAUUGAAGGCUUUAAAUCUUAUGCGGUUCGUACUCAUAUUUCUGGAUGGGACUCCUCAUUCAAUGCCAUUACAGGACUUAACGGUUCUGGAAAAUCAAAUAUACUGGACGCGAUAUGUUUCGUGUUAGGCAUAACAAACUUAAGUCAGGUUCGUGCUAAUAACAUGCAAGACCUGAUUUAUAAACGGGGUCAAGCUGGUGUCAAUAAAGCCUCAGUCACUAUUACGUUUAAUAACGAAGAUAGAAAUAAUAGUCCCGUUGGGUUUGAACAAUAUAAGAAAAUAAGUGUAACUAGACAAGUCAUUAUGGGUGGACAAAGUAAAUAUAUGGUUAACGGAACAAGAACUCAGCAGCAAAACGUUGGAAAUCUAUUCCAAUCGGUUCAGCUUAAUAUCAAUAAUCCGCACUUUUUGAUUAUGCAAGGUCGAAUCACAAAAGUUCUUAACAUGAAACCUCCAGAAAUCUUGGCAAUGAUUGAAGAAGCUGCUGGUACACGUAUGUUUGAAGAGAGAAAAGAAAGAGCAUUGAAAACCCUCGCAAAAAAGGAAAAAAAAGUUGAAGAAAUCACAAAUCUACUUAAUGAAGAAAUUGAGCCUAAGUUGGAAAAAUUGAGAAAUGAAAAAAGGGCAUAUUUGGAAUAUCAAAAAACUCAAACUGAGAUUGAACGGUUGAGUCGAAUUGUUAUUGCAUACGAAUAUACAAAGAAUCAAGAAAAUUUAAAUAAUUCGGGAGCUGAAGUUGAAGCAAAGAAGAAUAAAAUUCAAGAAUCAGAAACGUUUUGUGAGCGUCUCAAGGAAGAACUCGCUUAUCUGGAGGAGGACAUAAAGCAGACUAUAUCUAAAAAAGAAAAGGAACUAGGGAAAAGUGAUAAUAUUAAAGAACUAGAAAACAAUGUAACGGAGUAUUCAAACCAGUUAGUUCGCAUCAAUACAAAAUGUGAUCUCAACAAAGCUUCUAUCGAUGAAGAAAUGAAAAAUAAGAGUUUUCUUUUAUCAAACAAAGCUGAGAUAAAUCAAGCAUUGGUGCACAAAACCGAAGAAUCUAAAAAAUUAGAAAUUCAGUUCGAAGAAAUAAAAAGAAUUCAUGAUGAAAAAAGUGUACAAGUAAGAAAAGCAGAUGAACUUUUACAAACCUUAUCUACGGGUCUUUCGGCAGAAGAGGGACACGAAUAUGGAUACAUGGAGCAAAAUAAUGCAUCUCAUGCAUUAACAGAAAUAGAACAAUCCAAAAUAAGGAUGUCACAUCUCAAAAAAGAUUUAAAAGAAAAAGAACCUUUAGCAAAAAAGGCUCAAAUUACCAGUCAAGAAUUAUCAAUGACUUAUGAAUCGACUAAAAAAUCAGCGCAAGAUCUCAUGAGAACAUUAUCAAACAUUAAUUGGGAUCCAAGUAAAAAAGAAAGUUUGUUGAAUAAGAAUUCUAUAAUACAGAAAAAAAUACAAGAGUUCACAGAGAAAUGUGAAUCUUUAUCAAAUUUAUCAAGCAUAAACUUUCAAUAUUGUGAUCCAACACCAAACUUUGAUCGUAGUAAAGUUAAAGGUUUAGUUGCUGAGCUAAUUCAAUUGAAUCCGCAACAUAUGCAAUGCUCGACCGCUUUAGAAGUUUGUGCUGGUGGUAGAUUGUAUAACGUGGUCGUGGAGAAUGAUAAGGUUGGAAAUCAACUUCUCGAUAGAGGACGAUUACGGAAACGCGUGACAAUAAUUCCUUUAAAUAAGAUUCAAUCGUUCAUGAUAUCAGCUGAGAGGCUUGCGCGUGCAAAACGGAUCGCUCCUGAGAAAGUAAAUUUAGCAUUGACAUUAAUCGGUUAUGAUAGUGAAGUUGCACCUGCUAUGGAAUAUGUGUUUGGAAAUACCUUAAUAUGUGCAGAUGCCGCUACGGCUAAACAUGUCACAUUUGAUAGGAAUAUACGAGCAAAAUCUGUCACUCUUGAAGGAGAUGUUUAUGAUCCAGCUGGAACUCUUCACGGCGGAUCCAGACCUUCAUCUGCUGGAAUACUAUUGAAAUUGCAAACUUUAAAAGGAUACAAACAGCAACUAAAGAAUUAUCAGGAAGAAUUCGACAAUCUGAAUGCUGAAAUCCAAAGCAUACAAAGGAUAGAAGACGAGUACAAUCAAAUAAAACAACAGCUAGAGUUAAAGACACAUGAAGUCACGUUGUUAGAACAACAAAUCAACAGUAGUAGUGAAUCACAGAUCAUUCAUUCCGUUGAGAAUACCAAAUCUCAAAUAAUCGAACUUGACAACAUUAUUGAGACUGCUAAGGGAAAACGGAAAUCUGCUUUAGAUUCAUGUCAAAGAAUUGAAAAUGAAAUGAAAGAGUUCAAAAAUAAUCGAGAUUCAAAACUAAAAGAUCUAGAGAAAUCAGUAUUUAAAGGAAAAUCAGAGAUCGCACAAAGUAAUCAAGUUGUUAUGAAUAUGGAGAGGAAUGUUAAAACUUUAUGUUUGGAGAUUAAACAACUAGAAGAAGAUCUGCUAAACGUCAACGAAGAAAUUGAUAAUGUUGAUAAUAACAUUAGACAAUUAUCCGAAGAUGAUGAAUCUUUGAGAAAUGAGCUAGAUCGGUUUAAGAGUUUAUUACAUAAAACUCAAACUGAAUUAGAAAAGGAAAGAGAGGUGCUUUCGGCUUUUGAUGGGGAAAUUGCGGAAAUUCAAAUAGUUAUUAAAACAAAAACAGCACAAAUGACUGAAACUCAAUUAGAAAUGUCCAAGAUUAAUCAUGAAGUUGAAAAUCUUCAAAGAGAUAUGAAUGCAUCUCAACAAGUUAUUUUACAAAUGGAAAGCGAGCACACUUGGAUUUUAAAUCAAAAACACCAUUUCGGAAAACCUAGUACCGCAUAUGAUUUUAUAAAUCAAAACCCGAACGAAUGCAAAAAGAUGUUACGGCAACUUGAGAUGAAUCGUAACAAUAUGCGUAAACAAAUCAAUGCUAAAGUUAUGAACAUGAUUGACAGUGUGGAAAAGAAAGAAGCGUCUUUGAAGCAAAUGUUAACAACUGUCAAAAAAGAUAAGAAAAAAAUUGAGGUUACUAUUGUGUCUCUCGAUGAUUACAAGAAAGAUGCAUUACAGAAAACUUGGAAGAAAGUUUCCGAGGAUUUCGGAGCCAUUUUUAGCGAAUUGUUGCCAAAUAGCUUCGCUAAACUUCAACCACCCGAGGGUCAAGAUCUAAUGAAAGGUUUAGAAGUUAAAGUGAGCCUUGGAGGAGUAUGGAAACAAAGUCUAUCAGAGCUAAGUGGUGGUCAACGAUCGCUUAUUGCUUUAUCGUUGAUCUUGUCAUUAUUACAAUUUAAACCUGCUCCAAUGUACAUACUUGAUGAAGUGGAUGCGGCACUAGACCUUUCACAUACGCAAAAUAUUGGACAAUUACUUCGAACUCGGUUUAAAGGAUCACAGUUUAUUGUUGUGUCACUCAAAGACGGAAUGUUUAAUAAUGCUAAUGUAUUAUUUCGUACAAGAUUUCGAGAUGGCACUUCAGUUGUCGAGAAAAAAGACGAGACCGAACCAUUUAAUCAAGGGUUUUUAAUUGUUAUUUGCAUCGGAUAG